CGGGGGGGGGGUGGUGUCAUGGCGGAGCCAAGAUGGCGGCGCUCGCCUACCACCUGGGCCGGCGCGAGAUCAACCACUACUUCAACGUGAGGACCGCCAAGCUGCUCGCCCUGGCCGCCGCCCUGCUGCUCGCCGCCGGCCACGCCGCCUCCCGCCGCUACCGGGGCGAUGACUCAUGCGAGUCCCUUCUCUCCAGCGGCCGAUUUCUCGGGGAUAAAGUGUGGCAGCCGCACAGCUGUAUGAUGCACAAAUAUAAAGUCAGUGAAGCCAAAAGCUGCCUGGUGGAUAAGCACAUCGUGUUUGUGGGAGAUUCCAGAAUUCGCCAGCUGUUCUAUUCCUUCGUGAAGAUCAUCAACCCUCAGUUCAGAGAAGAAGGAAACAAGCAUGAAAACAUUCCUUUUGAAGACAAAGCGACGGCCGUGAAAGUGGACUUCCUGUGGCACCCAGAGGUCAACGGCUCCAUGAAGCAGUGUAUCAAAGCAUGGACGGAGGAUUCUGCGGCAAAGCCACACAUCAUUGUGGCAGGCGCAGCCACGUGGUCUAUCAAGAUGCGCAACGGCAGCAGCGAAGCCCUGGCGCAGUAUAAAAGCAACAUGUCGGCCCUGGCGCCACUGCUGGAGAAGCUGGCCAAGACCAGUGAUGUUUACUGGGUGCUGCAAGACCCCGUGUCGGAAGACCUCCUGAGCGAGGGGCGGAAGAUGAUCACCAACCAGCAGAUCGAUGCCUACAACGAGGCGGCGGUCGUCAUCCUGAACGGCAGCGCCCGCGGCACCAAGUCCCACGUGCGGGUGUUCAGCGUGUCCACGCUCAUCGCUCGGGAGACCAUCGCCAAGUCCCCGGACGGCCUGCACCUCCCAGAGUCCAGCAGGGAGACGAGCGCCAUGAUCCUCAUGAACGUGUACUGCAACAAGGUCCUGCGACCGGUGGACGGGUCCUGCUGCCGGCCCCGUCCCCCCCCGACCCUCCUGCAGAAGCUGGCCGCCGCCUUCUUCGCCCUGUCCAUGGCCGGCUACGCGCUCUUCUACCUCGUCCGCCGCCACGGCCGCCGCAGGAACAAGCCCUGCCCCGACCCGGAGGGCGGCAGCGGCGGCAACGACGAGGGUGACCGGAAAUCCGCGUCCUCGACCGCCGCGAUCGCCGCGGCGUCGCCUCCGCCACCGGAGCUGCUCCUGCAGUCGCUGUGCAAGCUGGGCCUGAUCAUGGCCUACUUCUACCUGUGUGACCGGGCUGACUUCUUCAUGAAGGAGAACAAGUUCUACACCCACUCGGCCUUCUUCAUCCCCAUCAUCUACAUCCUGGUCUUAGGCGUCUUCUACAACGAGAACACCAAGGAGACCAAGGUGCUGAACAGGGAGCAGACGGACGAGUGGAAGGGCUGGAUGCAGCUGGUGAUCCUCAUCUAUCACAUCUCCGGAGCGAGCACGUUUUUGCCCGUGUACAUGCACAUCCGUGUGCUGGUGGCAGCCUACCUCUUUCAGACCGGCUACGGACACUUCUCCUUCUUCUGGCUCAAAGGAGACUUUGGCAUCUAUCGGGUGUGCCAGGUGCUGUUCCGGCUGAAUUUCUUAGUGGUGGUGCUGUGCAUCGUGAUGGACCGGCCCUACCAGUUCUACUAUUUCGUCCCGCUGGUCACCGUCUGGUUCGUGGUCAUCUACGUCACCUUGGCCCUGUGGCCACAGAUCGUCCAGAAAAGGGCCAACGGAAACUGCUUCUGGCACUUGGGUCUGCUGCUGAAACUGGCGUCCCUGUUCUCGUGCAUCUGCUUCCUGGCGUAUUCUCAGGGAGCGUUCGAGAAGAUCUUCUCGCUGUGGCCGCUGUCCAAGUGCUUUGAGCUCAACGGCAACGUCUACGAGUGGUGGUUCCGGUGGAAGCUAGACCGCUACGUGGUGUUCCACGGCAUGGUGUUCGCCUUCGUCUACCUGGCGCUGCAGAAGCAGCAGGCGCUGUCCGAGGGGAAGGGCGAGCCCCUCUUCUCCACCCGCGUCUCCAACUGCCUGUUGUUUGUCUCCGUGGUGUCCUUCCUGACGUACUCCAUCUGGGCAAGCAGCUGCAAGAACAAGGCCGAGUGUAAUGAGCUUCACCCGUCCGUGUCCGUGGUGCAGAUCCUCGCCUUCGUCCUGAUCCGCAACAUCCCUGGCUAUGCCCGGUCCGUCUACAGCUCCUUUUUCGCCUGGUUCGGGAGGAUCUCUCUGGAGCUGUUCAUCUGCCAGUACCACAUCUGGCUGGCGGCGGACACACGGGGCGUGCUGGUCCUCAUCCCCGGCAACCCGGUGCUCAACGUGGCCGUCAGCACCUUCAUCUUCGUAUGUGCCGCCCAUGAGGUGUCGCAGAUCACCAACGACCUGGCGCGGGUCUUCAUCCCCAAGGAUGGCUCCGCCCUGCUCCGCCGGCUCGGCUGGACGGCCGGCUUCUUUUCCAGCCUCCUCCUCGUCUCCUCCCUCCAGGACCGGCGGGGACACUGACGCUCACUCUCACACCCCCUCCCGGGGUCGUCGCCGCGGCGGCCGGCCGCACCCAGGUGACCGGCACCCCGCCAGGGUCCGGGUGGAGCCGCGUGGGCGGGCGUGAGCCCGCGGUGGCCGGGGGCUUCCCCUCGGGACGGCGUGCGGGAUGGAAACGCACGUGGGCUGGGCCGUCUCGCUUUGGCUUCUGUCAGGGUGGCCGUCGGAAUGGAGCAGUCGGUGGAUCGGGAAUCAGGAUUCUGAUUUGGGGGCGCCUCCUCGAGCCGAGGACAGCCCAGGUUCCUGGGAGAGCAGCCCAGGGGUGCGGAUGGGGCCUCGUGGCCGGUUGGACUCGCCGGGCACCACCGGGCCCUGUGGGAGAAGGGUGGGGAGACUCAGGGUGGGGUCAGCAGAACUUAUUCCGACACGUCCAGCAGUGACUCCACUGGCCCGUUCCCUUCCGGCCUCGGGCAGUUGCUCCUGCUCUCCCCCCCUCCACUGAGCCUCUCGACAUCCAGCUGGCGCGGUGGCUGGGCAGAGGGCAGAGGGAUGAGCUCUGCUUGGUCAGAAGACCGUCGCCCGCCUGGCAUCGUCUUGUGAGGGUCAGCCCUGGUUUCGGCCGCUCCUGGGCUACGAUCCCCUUGGCCGAGGGGAGGUACCGGAGCAAACGUGGGCGGCCCGAGCCUCUAACCUGCUGCUCUGUGCCGGGCGAGCCCUGUUCCGGGAUGGGGCGGAGUCGGCCCGGCUCCCGCUCCCGGGUCCGUCCGCGGGGUGUUCCGGAUGCGGGCGGGGAGUGAGCGUAGACACGUUUUUGCUGGUCUGGCUCCGGCCGGCUUUGGGCUCCGGCCUGGACCCACGAGUUUGCUCUUGAGCUGUGGCGAUUCCUUCCUCUCGGACACGUCAUCCAACGAACCUUCCCGGUGCCCCCUCUGCUUCUCCUGCGUCGGGGGCUGUGUCCACCCGGCUCCGAUCAGUCCUCUCUGUCUGCCCCUCCGCUCGGCACUGUGCCCCCUCUGCUUGGAGCGGAGCUCCGUUGGCCCCUCAGCUCCUCACGGUACACUUCGGCCUCUCCACUCCGCUCGGUACGCCCUACCUAUCCCUCCACUCCGGUGGUCACUGCCUUUCCCCUCCUCCUCCCUGCCCGGUACUCGUCCCUUCUCCCCAGGCCGCCCACUCAGAGGACUUCGGUGGCCCACACAAUUGCCUUUCCCCAUGAACGUUUUCACCCCUCGGGUGACAUGGGGAAGGUUUUCCCAGGUUCGUUUUGUAGAUAGAAACGUAUUUAUCUGUUGUACAGAUUUGGUUUUGAUUUUUAUUGGUGGAAAGAUUGCACUUGUUCGUCCUUACUGUAUGUGGGGUAAAAUGUAUUUUCUGUUGGUUCUGUGAGGAUUCCGAGUAAUUUAAAUGGUCAAUAAAUGUUCUGUGGAUGCUUAUUUUUGUAUCGGGCGAGGCCUCGA